UUUUGCUGUUAAGUUGCUGUCUCUAUAGUUUGACAGUUUAUUUAUAAUUGAAACCAGCUGUUAAGCAAAAUUAUGUUAAUAAAGUCAUACAAUGCAGAAUUUGAUGAAAAAUUUACAGUUACCUCAGUUCCCAUGACAUCAUCUAGUUUGUCAUCUUUACAUCCAGAAGUGUCGAUAAAAACUGAAACAGGAGGCUUAUUGGGGCUAAACAAUAUUGGUAAUACCUGUUUUCUCAACUCCAUAAUACAGUGCCUCAGUAAUACAAAACCUCUUCUAGAGUACAUUUUGAGUGAAGAGUAUGUUAGUGAGAUCAGGAACUCUGCAAGAAGUAUGCUGAUAAAGCGAUUUGCGGAACUGAUCAAAAAUUUGUGGACAGACAGAAAACAUGCAGUGAAUACGUCUUCUCUAAAAAGUGCUGUGGGUUACUAUGCGCCUCGGUUCAACGGAUUCAACCAGCAAGACGCUCAAGAAUUUCUGAGGUAUUUGCUUCAAGGCCUCCAUGAAGAAAUAAACCGAGCACCAACAGUGCAACAAAAGAAACGUGAUCAGUUGCAGAAUGAGAACCUAACAGCUGAUGAGAUUUGGCAGAGGUAUUUAAAACGAGAUAACAGUAAAAUUGUUGACAUAUUUGGAGGGCAACUGAGGUCCGAUUUGAAAUGUACAGUGUGUGGCUUUGCGUCUACUACAUAUGAGCCGUUCUGGGACCUUUCUUUGUCGAUUCCACAGAGUGAAUUAAAAAACACACCGAGAAGCAGAGUUCAACUGAGCCAAUGUCUAGAUCACUUUACCAAGGAGGAAACACUGGAGGGUAAUGAAAAACCUACUUGCGCCAGGUGCAAAUCAAAACAAACUUGCGUCAAGAAAAUUUCAAUCCAAAAGUUUCCUCAGAUUCUUGUGAUUCACUUGAAGAGGUUUUCUGGGAACACACGUAAAGUGGACACUGAGGUAGAGUUUCCAGUUUCCGGCUUGGACUUGGCCCCGUACUCUGCAGAGAAACGUCAGGUGAACUCCAGUGUGUACAGCUUGUACGGUGUCGUGAUCCACUUCGGAUCAUGUUUUUACGGUCACUACACAGCGUACUGCAAGCACCCUUAUUGUGCAGGCUGGCACAUCUUCAAUGACAGUCAAGUUCAUUCAGUCCAUCCAAAUGCAACAACCGAUCCAUACAUAUUGUUUUACGAGUCAAAUAGUCCAACAUGCUAAUCGAAAUGAAGAAAAUGAUAAAGAGGAUUAUUGGGAAAUAACAUGAUAUGAUGCCAGAAUAUGAGAACUUAUUUAUUGUUUGUGUUUAUAUUGCUAAAAAUAUGCUGUUACUAUUUAAAUGAUUGU